AUGUCAGAAAAUAAAAGUGGCGACGUUAAAAAUAUCGGCGAUGCUGGUGAUUCGACCAGAGAUAGCUUGGAGAUGCCAGAGGUGAUGUGUGGGAGUCCAGUCUGUGAGAUGGUGCGAGGGAUCAAGCGGGCAUUGCAGUGUGGGGACCAUCAGGGUCUCAAGAUAUUGCUGGGAAAACUGGAGACUUGGAGGCAGGAUGGUAAAACAGACCUGCUGCAUGACUACUGGAGAGUGGCCCAGUAUGUUGGCGAAACAGAGAUUCACAACAUAUACAUUCUGCUAUCAGUGACGUGUGAUAAACCUGACAGUGUCAAGUGGGACUACUUGUCUGAUGCUUUGUCUGUUUUAGCACUUUGUUUGUGCAACAGGGAGAUCAUAUUCAAGCUGUUGGUCUAUGUCAAUAACAUCACAUCCAUCCUAGUCAUGGCCCUGGAUCAAGACUCGAAUGAGGAGGCAGCAAUCCAGGCAUUAACAGUCAUUAACGUGACAGUGACUGUCUGUAGGGCAAGGUUUGCCAAAGGGUUACUGAGUGUCAACUUCCUGGACAAACUUGUCCAUAGACUUGUGGAACAGGGCUCACCUAAAGUGCUGUACUUGUUUGAAAUGGUACUUGAGGUGAUAAAAAGCCUGUUGAUGUGUGGUCAGUCUUACAUCCAUCUGUACGCAGUAGAGGUGUUGAAGAAGCUGUCUCCUGUUGCUGCAGCAAUGUCUGCCUCACAAAACCCUGAUGAUGAGGAGAAGCAGCAAGAUGGACUGGUAGAAUUUUACAAUGAGCUGUUGUGGAGCGCUGAUAUCGAUGAGAAGCCUCAUGUUUGUGCCAAGUACUGGACCCGAGGUAGAUUAAGAAAGGAUCUGCUGAGCAGGUGUCUCAAGCAGCAGUGGCUGUACAUCUACUGCAGCUGGCCUGUAUGUGGGAACCACAACGGCAUUUCCAGCACGUUCUUUCGCAAGUGCAGUGCCUGUCUGAUGGUGAGAUACUGCUCACGCCAAUGCCAGGAGAAACACUGGGAGGCCGGACACAACAUUCAGUGUAAGCUUAUUUGUGGCUUAGGAAAAUCAGUGUAA